AUGAGAGUCACACAGUACCACGUUCUUGUCUUGUCGUUCUCCUUGCUCCAAGCAAUUGCAGAGGAUGUACCAAUCCCCCGGGAACUGAUCGAGAGACUCUCCAACAGCGAAAUCCGCAGCAUCAGCGACCUCCAGCGGCUUCUGGAGAUAGACUCCGUAGGUAAAGCCCGCGGUCUUGUUUUGACUGGUGCAGAAAAUGAGGUCAUUCAGGAGACCAAGAGGAGGUACCAUAAGGACCAUCUCUACAGCCACACUGACCUGAAGAGCCCUCAGACGCACUCCAGACGCAAGAGGAGCAUAGAGGAGGCAGUUCCUGCUGGGUGUAAGACCCGCACAGUGAUCUACGAAAUCCCCCGCAGCCAAGUGGAUCCCACUUCUGCUAACUUUCUGAUCUGGCCUCCGUGCGUGGAGGUCAAACGCUGCACGGGAUGCUGCAACACUGGCAACAUGUGCUGCCAUGCGUCCCGCAAACACCACCGGACUGUGAAGGUGGCUAAGGUGGAGUAUGUUCGCAGAAAGCCUAAAUUGCGGGAGGUGCAGGUGAGGCUGGAGGAUCACCUGGAGUGUGUGUGUUCGUCGAAGCACCACGCUGAUUUACACUUACAUUCAGACACAGAUGUGAGGUGAGUGAAUUUGGACAUGGGGCAUACAGAGGUAUGGAUGGAUGCCAUUCGCUGCUUUGGCUUCCACUGUAUCCUAC